AUGGGAGACUGGGGAUUCCUGUCCUCCUUGCUGGAAAAAGUCCAGUCCCACUCCACUGUGAUUGGGAAGAUCUGGAUGAGCGUCCUCUUCCUGUUCAGGAUCAUGGUUCUGGGUGCAGGUGCUGAGAGCGUCUGGGGCGACGAACAGUCGGGUUUCAUAUGUAACACUCAGCAACCUGGUUGUGAGAACGUCUGCUACGAUUGGACCUUCCCCAUCUCGCACAUUCGCUUUUGGGUCCUCCAGAUCAUCUUCGUCUCUACACCAACAUUGGUCUACCUGGGCCAUGCCAUGCACAUCAUCCACAAGGAGAACAAGCUGAGGGAGAAGAUUUCCAGCCCUGGUGGGUCCCAAAUGAUCAAAAUGCCCAAAUACACAGACGAAAAGGGAAAGGUGACGAUCAAGGGGAACCUGCUGGGGAGUUACCUGACUCAGAUCGUGGCCAAGAUCAUCAUUGAGGCCGCCUUCAUAGUUGGACAGUACUACUUGUAUGGCUUCGUCAUGGUUCCCAUGUUCCCCUGCUCCAAGAAGCCAUGUCCCUUCACUGUGGAGUGCUACAUGUCUCGGCCCACAGAGAAAACCAUCUUCAUUAUCUUCAUGCUGGUGGUGGCCUGCAUUUCUCUGUUCCUCAACCUCCUUGAGAUGUUCUACCUGAUCUGCACCAAGGUCAGAUGUAAGUCCAGGUCUUACGCCCACCCAAUUACUUCUCCAGAAAACCCUGCCGGCCUGUCAGGACCCAGGUGGCCAACUUCAGAAGAAGCACUCAAGCAGAACAAGAUGAACAUGGACCUCGAAACCAGGCACAGUAUCGGUGGAAGCCUGGAUGGAGCCAAAGAGGAGAAACGACUACUGAGUGGUCAUUAAAUACUACUCGUGUCCAGUUAAAUGUAUUUUUGUAUUUCAGAUUUUCUUCCCAUGUUUCCUUGUUCAUACAUACAUCUGAGAGACUAAAGAUCUGUUCUAAGGUGGAGCGCACGUCAUGUCAGAACAUAAAAGAACAGCUUUGUCAUUGUGUAACAAUGUUAUGAGCAAAGAAAAGUCUUCAUAAAAUGGCAAUACAGUGAAAGAUUGAUGGGCUUGUACUUACAGUUUGUAUUUUUAAAUGGAAAAUCUCUAUUAAAGUGUGCAAUACUGAUGAUGUAUUUAUAUUAUAGAUGCCCACUUGUAAAUCUCUGGGAAAACAGAAUUGUGUUUAUGCCCUUUCAUUGAAUGUGUUCUUUAAGUUAUUGUCAUGUUCAUUAUCUAGGACUUGAAAUAAUUGUACGACUGAACAAUGAGGUGAUUGUUGUAAAAAGUCUAUUUCUACUGAUGUGGGUAGAUCAGACAGUUUUGUAUGCUGUAUUGUUUUUAAUAAAUGAUUAAAGUUGGCAAAAA